AUGCAUGACUUAUCGAAUUUUGAUCUCAGCUUUUCAAAUUUCGAUCUCCGAUUGACGUUACUUGAAUCGCAGAUUACGCUUACGAUAGAAACUGCUCCAUUAACGAGACUGCAACCCUACUCGAUGGUCGGACUCAAUCCGCGAAAAGUUGAGCGAGUCGUCGUCAAAGGUGGAUAUGCGUCGAAUAUCGAGCAUAUUCAAAAGGAUUGCAAUCCGUUGCGUAGAACAAGUGCAUCGUUUUAUCAUUUGAUUCGGCUGACGGUUUUCGCUGAUCCUGGUUCCGAGCAGUACAGAACCAGCGUUUUCCUUCAUCCACUUCGAAUGCCAUACCGAACGUUGUCGCCAACUCCAUUGCAUUUCGUUAAAGGAUCAUACGUGGAGAUUCUAACAUUAUAUAUAUGUGGUGAUUAUCGAACAGCGACGAAUCCAUGGAUCAAUGUUCGUUUUUAUAAUAGUCGAAUAUCGAUGAGUCAACCUUUGGGGAGUACGACAUUUAGAAAUGGAACUGUUCAAAUUUCAUACAAAAAUGAGACGACUGAACGCAAACCGGUGAAGAGUAAAUCAAUAUUCACCUACAAAUUAAAUCAAGCAAUCACCGAGAAUCCGAAGGAUUUGUACGAGGUAAAUGUGUGGGAGCUGGCGGGAGAGGAUGAUAGCGUAAUCGUUGAUUAUAAAACACAACUUGAGCUGGAUUACAAAAACGUCUACGAUUUUGCGGUGGUUGAAUCGAACGUCCAGAUUUACUAUGUGAGAUGGAUGUCGUCGCGAAAUGGGUUUAAGCAUACGUGCGGAUAUCGAGCGAGUAGUAUUGAUCAGAUGGACAACAAGGUGCCGUUAUCGAAUUGUCAAAGGUUGUUCAGUGUGAUUUGUGAGCGACGACCGGAAGAAGUCACGAGCAUUUUGACGAUGACAAACGACACGGACAUUGUGCAAAAUGCGACGGAAACUGACCAAACGCGACGCGAUGUGUUUGUGCUAACGAAACAUCAAUACAUUACAAUUUGCGGUGUUUCGAUGUUCGCGCCGAUUCUCAUAAUAGCGGCGGUGUUGACGAUGCCGAUAUUGUAG